AGGCGCACGAUAAGCUCUCUGGAAAGAGGGACCGCGUACUGCUUGGCAAAGAGAGGAAUAGGGAAAACGGGUCAAAGGGGAGGGAAGGGAGGAAACCGGAGACGGCGGGGAUGAUGGAUAAGAGUGGGAGGGAGCAGAAGAGCAAAAAGGACCUCCUGCAUGGGUCUGAAGGGGGAGGAAAACGGAAAGAAUCGCAGCGGCAAAUGGAUGCUGCAAAGGCACGUGCACGACUUGAGGUGAAAUUGAAAAGGCGGCUUUUACGGACUACAAAGGCGGGAGGAAACAGACUUGGCCAAAGGGAGAGAAGAAGGGAAGUAAGUGCUGCUGCUGCUGCUGCUGCCGGUUCAUUGCAUGUGAAAGGGGGCAGACUGAAAACAGGUGGAUCUGCGCCGGGUGCUGGCAGAGGAAAGGUGGGGAGGGUAGAGCCGAAGUCAGGAGGAAAGGGUGGAGACUUCUCCCGGAGGAGUUCGAACGGUGUAGCGCAGAAAAAAGAGCAGAUGAUUGCUCAUGGUUCGGACGAGCGGCGUCUUCCGGCGAAGGGUCGGGGAAAGAAUGAGCCGGAGAAGAAGAACGAAAAACUUCAUCCUUCUUGGAUCGCCAAGAUUGAGCAGCUGAAGAAGGCGGUGCAGCUGAAUGUUGCGGCUGGAAAGAAAAUCAAAUUUGACGAUGACGACGAUGAUUGAUGUGUCGGAAAACUUUAGUCGUACGGCUGGUAUAUUUUUUCACCACAGAUCUCCCGAACAAUUAUUCGCAUCGCUCGCUGUAUAUGACAGUGAAAAGUCCUUUUCUUCUUCAAAUGUAUACAAGUGACUAUUCUUUAAAGAUACGUUUAUGCGGAGGUUUUCCUGCUGGGAGUGACAGUUGUGUGCUGGAUUUACAUGCGGCUGCUCCCAUUGAAGAUAAUAUCUCAAGGCCGCCGCCCUAUUCUUUUUUUUUUCUCUCUGAGUGUGUGGAGCACUAUGUGCGCGCCAGGGGAGUAGCGUCGUGCUGUGCGCGCUGUGCAUAUGCGCCUGAUGCGUACGGUGUGUGCACAUUGUUGCGAUUUUUUCAGCCAGGCCACUUUUGGCGACCGAAAAUACAACAGGCUGUCACGCAGGAUUUUUGAUGAAUUGUCUUAUUAAAUUAAUGAUAAAUAAUGCAAAUCUCUUCUUGUUGUGUGCGUCCAGCUUCGAGCGAAACCCUUUAAUUACGGUUUACGCCAGUCCUCGGUCUUAGGAAUCUUUGAUUCUUAUUCGGAAAAGCGAAUGCAAUUAUGGAAAUAGUAAGUGAAAUAAAAUGUAUAGCACAUC